AUGCCAGAUGCUGCUGCUCACCUGCCCUUUUACUACGGCAACAUCGCCAGGUCAGAAGCGGAGGAGUACCUCAAGCUGGCGGGGAUGUCAGAUGGCCUGUUCCUGCUGCGGCAAUGCCUGCGCAGUCUGGGGGGGUAUGUCCUCUCCAUGGUCUGCAACCUGCAGUUUUACCAUUACGCCAUCGAGCGCCAGAUGAACGGUACCUACGCCAUCGCGGGGGGCAAAGCGCACUGCGGGCCGGAGGAGCUCUGUGAGUUUUACUCCAAGGAUGCCGAUGGGCUCUGCUGCACCCUCCGCAAGCCCUGCAACCGCCCAAGUGGUGUGGAGCCCCAGCCCGGUGUCUUCGACAGCAUGAGAGACAAUAUGGUGCGCGAAUACGUCCGGCAGACAUGGAAACUAGAGGGCGAUGCACUCGAACAGGCCAUCAUAAGCCAGGCUCCACAGGUGGAGAAGCUCAUCGCCACCACAGCCCAUGAGAGGAUGCCCUGGUACCAUGGGGGCAUCGCCCGGGAUGAAGCUGAACGGAGGCUCUACUCUGGGGCACAACCUGAUGGGAAAUUCCUGCUGAGAGAAAGGAAGGAGAACGGUGCCUACGCCCUGUCCCUCGUCUAUGGCAAAACAGUAUAUCACUAUCGGAUAGACCAGGACAAGUCCGGCAAGUACUCCAUCCCUGAGGGGACCAAGUUCGACACACUCUGGCAGUUGGUGGAGUACCUAAAACUCAAACCGGACGGGCUGAUUUUCUACCUGAGGGAAACCUGCCCCAACCCCAACAUGCCAGCGUCUGCAGCACCAGUUCCACCAACCCACCCCUCCGUGAGCAGACACCUUGGGCCUCUCAAUGCGGACGGAUACACGCCAGAGCCUGUGGGUGCAGGAAAAUCACGCCUGCUACCCAUGGACACCAGCGUCUACGAAAGCCCAUACAGUGACCCCGAAGAACUGAAGGAUAAGAAGCUUUUCCUGAAGAGGGACCACUUGAUGAUUGAUGAAGUGGAACUGGGGGCAGGAAACUUUGGCUGCGUCAAGAAAGGAGUCUACAAAAUGAGAAAGAAGCAGAUUGAUGUGGCCAUAAAGGUGCUGAAGAGCAACAAUGAGAAAACAGUGAAGGAUGAAAUGAUGAAGGAAGCCCAGAUCAUGCAUCAGCUGGACAAUCCCUACAUUGUCCGCAUGAUUGGGGUCUGCGAAGCGGAGUCCCUGAUGCUCGUGAUGGAGAUGGCUUCUGGAGGGCCACUCAACAAGUUCUUGGCUUCCAAGAAAGACGAGAUUACAGUCAGCAAUAUUGUGGAGCUAAUGCACCAAGUAUCCAUGGGGAUGAAGUACUUGGAGGAAAAAAACUUUGUCCACAGGGACCUGGCAGCCAGAAAUGUCCUGCUGGUCAACCAACAUUAUGCCAAAAUCAGUGACUUUGGACUCUCCAAGGCUCUUGGCGCUGAUGACAGCUACUACAAGGCCAGGACAGCAGGAAAGUGGCCCUUGAAAUGGUAUGCCCCAGAGUGCAUCCUCUAUCACAAGUUCUCCAGCAAGAGUGAUGUAUGGAGCUACGGCGUGACCAUGUGGGAGGCCUUCAGCUACGGGCAGAAACCGUACAAGAAAAUGAAAGGCCCAGAGGUCAUCAGCUUCAUAGAGCAAGGGAAGCGUAUGGACUGCCCCACAGACUGCCCGGCAGAGAUGUACGCCCUCAUGCAGCAAUGUUGGACCUACAGAUGGGAAGAACGUCCAGGAUUUAUUCCUGUGGAAAAUAUAAUCCGUUCCUACUACUACAGUAUUGCUACCAAGACAGAAAAUGGGCCAGAGACAGAGGACAAGUCAAAAGCAACUCUUCCUUGAGUCUCCCUCUCUGCUCCUCA